AUGGCAACACAGCACUGACAGCAAACGUCAAAACGUCGCGCUGUCAUUAUAAAACGUUACAUUUGAAUAAAUAUUCUUAUUUACAAACGCUGACUGCUCAAAUGAAGGAUAAAUGUUCGUCAUCGCUAGGAAAGCACGUUACCUUCUCUGUGGAAGACUGGUAGCACGCAAGCGACAGUGUCGAGGCUCAAAGUACUUAAAGUACCGUGAUGAACUACAGCUGGUGUGUGUUGUUGGUAGCUAGUAUGUGCAUGGUGUGCGAGGGUAGGUACGGGUAUGUGGUGUGGAACGGGAGCAAGGUGACGGUGAAGACUUCGGACUACUUCGCGGACAUACCUGACGUGUACGUCGCCCGCGCCACCUACAGCAACGAAAUCAAUACUACUGGGUGGGCGUUCCUGGAGUUGCACACGUCGCGCGACUUCUCUGAUGAGAAGCAAGCGUACGCGGCCGGCUACCUGGAGGGCUUCCUCACCAGGGACCUCAUCUGGAUGCACUGGCAGAACAUGCUCAAAGGUUACUGCUACAACAAGACGGACGUGUGCGGUCUCAUCGAGGAGUUCGUGGACAAAAACGAGGAGUAUAUGGCCGCCAUGGUGGACAGCAACGCCAACAACUCCUACUGGUACCAGAUGAAGUUGUACUACAUUCAGCUGGAAGGUCUGGCCGUGGGCUACAACGCUGCCACCAGGGAUCCAUACCAGUGGCUGACUACGAGAGACAUCAUUUGGAUCAACAUGUUGGGCGACCUGGACGAGCUGGCGUUCGCGCUGUCUCUGCCCAAGUCGAACCCUGAGGGCAGGCUGUUCCCUGACGAGCACUGCACCGGCCUCGUCAAGCUGCUGCCUGACCGCUCCAACCUCUACGUGUCCCAUGUCACUUGGAACAGCUACCAGUCGAUGCUGCGGUUCCACAAGAUGUACGUGAUGUACCUGCACGUGCUGCCCGGCGGCAAGAAGAUCAUCCCCGGCUACAAGAUGUCGCUCACGUCCUACCCUGCCUUCGUGCAGUCCACAGAUGACUUCUACAUCAUAUCGUCGGGGCUGACGGCCGGGGAGACCACCAUCGGCAACAGCAACCGCUCGCUCUUCGAGCACGUCAAACCAGUGGGACAGAUCAUGGAGUACGCGCGCGCGAUGGUAGCCAACCGCCUGGCGCGGACAGGCAAGCAGUGGGUCGACAUAUUCAGCAGGCACAACAGUGGCACGUACAACAACCAGUGGUUCAUAGUGGACUACAAGAAGUUCAAGCCGCGCACCACGCACUGUCCCGGGUUCAUCAAGGAGGGCCUGCUGUGGGUCGUGGAACAACUGCCCGGCAUUGUCGAGUCCGCGGACAUGACGGAAGAGCUGACCCGCACGACAUACUUCCCGUCGUACAACAUCCCCUACUUCCCUCGGAUCUUCAACCUGAGCGGCGGCAACGUGCGCAUCGCCACCUACGGAGACUGGUUCGGGUACUACACCAACCCCAGGGCCAAGAUACUCAAGGAGAAACAGGCGGACAUCUUCAACCUGCGCGACAUGUUCAACACGAUGCGCUACAACGACUUCAAGCACGACCCGCUGUCGCGCUGCGACAACUGCGACCCGCCCUACUCCGCCUGCAACGCCAUCGCCGCCCGGAACGACCUCAACCCGGCUAACGGCACGUUUCCGUUCCGAGCGCUGGGCCACCGCAGCCACGGCGCCACGGACGCCAAGAUCACGAGCGCCUACCUGCGCGGCAGCUACAGGUUCCUCGCCAUCGCCAGCCCCACACACAACAUCUCGCGGGGGAUACCGCCCUUCCGAUGGAGCCACUUCGACAUGGGUCCCCACCUCUCCCACGUUGGCCACCCCGACGAGUGGAUGUUCCCGCCUAUACUGCACGACUGGGAGUGGGAGUAGCAGUCUUAUGACUUACGCAAUAAGGACCAAUUUACACCACACUCGGCUAUACUUUAAGAAAUAUGCGUAGAGUAUAGAAGUAGUUAUAAUUUGUAUCUACUUGCUUAAAUGAUGAAGGUUGUCGUCUAAUAAUGAUUUUAACUCGACUGUAGCUUUAUAAACUUGCAUCUCAUCGUAAGCAGAAUUAAUGUUAGGUA